AUGAAGAUCAUCUUUUCCUUCCUCGUUGCGCUCCCUCUCGUUAAAGGCAUUUACAAGCUUCCAGAUGGCAUGUCAAAGUGUCCGGUGGUUGGCGGACCUCAUGGAAAGCCGUUUGACGAUACCACAAUGGUCCAACCAGGACAGAAAGUGGAAUCUAUUACGAUAUGUUACAAUGAUCGUGUCGAUGGCAUUGGUAUGAAAUUCACUCCUUUGUCUGGAUUUUCACAAGACCCGUUUCACGGCAGUCGAAAGCAUUGUAAUGAAUCCAAGUUGGCAAGUGAUGAGUAUAUUAUAAUCAUGGAGGCGCAGACUGUGAAAGACGACGACCACACGAAAAUUAGCUACGUCAGGUUUAUGACCAACAAGAAGAAUAUUAUCGAAGGAGGUAAAGAGACGGAAGAAGACGAUAAAAAAGCGUCCUGCAAAGCCCCCGAGAAGCAUCAACUUGGUGGAUUUUUUGGACGUUACGGCGAGGAGAUUGAUGCAAUUGGUCCAAUUUGGGUGCAAAUGGAUCCCAUCAUAUAUGAGCCAUACCAUCAGAAUCCCCAACAAGUUCCCGUUUCAAAUGGACAAUACAACCAGUAUACUCAACAAGCUCCCCAGGACUCGGAUUCCAGCGACAGUAUCGCGACGAAGUCUUACAACUACUAG